CCCUGUUAGUGAGCUCCCCCACAAUUGCGCCCAGAAUAUUCUACACAACCGCCACUUUGUUCUCCAUCGCGGGGCAUCACCAGCUUCACUCUCUCCAUCCUCAUCCCCAUCCCUAACCCCCCAACCCGCCAACAUGCCUGCACAAACAUCCCAGCAGCGCCUCGCGCUCGCCAUCUGCGACUUCCUCACCACCUCCCUCACCGACGGCACCCUGUCCUCCGACAACGACGCCUCCAUCGAGGUCGCCGUCGAAUCCAUCAAGGAAUCCUUCAACAUUGACCCGUCCGACCCCGCACAGACCGCCGCCGCCGUCGGCAACCAGAACCUCCUCCAGAUCUACUCCGUCUACGAGAAGCUCAAGCAGAAUGCCCCCGGCGCAGGCCAGCAGCCGCCGCCCGCCGACGCGGAGCUGACCGAGGAAAAGAAGAAGGAGGCCGAGGCCCUCAAGAGCAAGGGCAACGCCGCCAUGGCCCAAAAGGACUACAAGUCCGCCGUCGACCUGUACACCCAGGCUUUGAACGUCCACCCCCGGAACGCCAUCUUCCUGAGCAACCGCGCCGCCGCCCACUCGGCCGCCAAGGACCACGCCUCCGCCCGCACCGAUGCCGAGUCCGCCGUCGCCAUCGACCCGACCUAUACGAAGGCCUGGUCCCGCCUCGGUCUCGCCCGCUUCGCCUUGGGCGACGCUAAGGGCGCCAUGGAGGCCUACGGCAAGGGCAUCGAGUUUGAGGGCAACGGCGGCAGCGACGCCAUGAAGAAGGGUUUCGAGACCGCCAAACGCCGCGUGGAGGAGAUGGAGACCGAAGAGGCCGACCUGCCACGCUCGAGCCCCGGCUCGCCUCCUCCCAUGGGCGGUGCUGGUGCCGGCGGCAUGCCUGACCUCGGCUCCCUCGCCUCCAUGCUUGGUGGUGGCGGCGCCGGCGGCGGUGGCAUGCCCGAUCUGAGCUCCAUCAUGUCCAACCCCAUGUUUGCCAGCAUGGCCCAGAACCUCAUGUCGAACCCGGACAUGAUGAACAACCUCAUGAGCAACCCGCAGCUGAGGCAGAUGGCUGAGCAGUUCGGUGGCGGCGGCGGUGGUGGUGGCGGCGGCAUGCCUGACAUGAGCGCCCUCAUGAACGACCCCAACAUUGCCGACAUGUAAGUGACUGCCUUGCUCUGCUUUCUACACCCCAACUAACAUUGCUGUAGGGCCCGUAACAUGAUGGGCGGCGGUGGUGCUGGCGGACAAGGUGGUCGCGGCAACAACCCUCCCGGCUCUGGACAGUGAGGGCAGCAAUAUAAUUACUUCACCUACGCAAGAGUCAACACCAUUGGUAGCCUUGGUAUAAUAAAAUAGA